AUCCUCAACAAUUGGAAAGCUCCGGAAGGAUAGUCAAGAAAUGAUUUCUAGUUCCAAAAGUCUUUUCUUUUUUCUUCUUUUUUCCGCAGUAUCGAAGUUGUACCUGUGGCCUCCUCCUAACUUCUGAGUUUUUUCACAAUUCACAUGGUUACUUUUCAGACCCAGAAGAAAAGUAGAAAGGCCUCGAACCGAGAUGGAUCGUCAAAAUCCCAUUUACAGCUAGAGAUUUGGUUUCAGCUUUUAAGAAAUUCUAAAAAGGAUUUGGUGUGAAACAUAAGUUGUCAAAAUGAAUACAGAGGUUGAAAGUAGCAAGAGAGAUGGAAUCCCAAAGGUGUUUGAUCCUGCUUUUUCUACACUUUUUGCUCGGCUCCAAGACAAGCUUCAAAAUUGUCUUAAGUCACAGAUCAAGAAUUUAACAACCAUCAUGAAAGAAUAACCUCCAUUAGCUCUCCCGUGAUGAAGGGGAAAGGAUCGUCUACUCAUGUGGAGAUUGAUCUUGAAAAGCAAUUACCACCUUGGAGAGAAACCCUUCAUGGAUUGAUCAACAUCCCACAUGUAAAUGUAAGUGUACCAAAAGGUUCUCUUUGCAAUCUCAAUGUUGAAGUAAAUGUUGGAUUGCCCCCAGAUGCAGUAUAUAAUAUUGUCACUGACCCUGAUAAUAAGAGAGUCUUCAAGAAUAUUAAGGAAGUUAUAUCCCGAAAGGUCUUGCUCGAUGAAGGUUCAAGGCAGGUGGUAGAGGUGGAGCAAGCAGCACUGUGGAAAUUUCUCUGGUGGUCAGGAACUAUCUCAGUCCAUGUUAUAGUGGAUCAGAAUAGAAAAGAUCACUCAAUGAAGUUCAAACAAUUGAAAACUGGAUUCAUGAAAAAAUUUGAAGGCCAUUGGCGAGUUGAACCCAUAUUUGUUGAUGAGAAAGUAUGCUUCCCUUUCAAACCAAAAACAUUGGCAGAUUAUUAUUCAUGUGCGGAAGGCAAGGGAAGGAUAGGGUCAAGGGUGACCUUGGACCAACUGAUCCAACCUGCCAUUGUUCCACCCCCACCCAUUUCCUGGUAUCUACGAGGAAUUACUACCAAGACCACUGAGAUGCUCAUAAAUGAUCUACUUGCCGAGGCUGCCAGAAUCAGGGGAGGCUUUGAGGGCAAAAAAUCAAAUCAAGAGGUUAAAGAUUUUCAGGAAAUUCCUAUGGAGCAACAGAUUGAUCAAAUACGCGAUAUCAAAGAAAGGUGGGCCUUGCGGAGGAGAAAGCAAAGGAAGUUAGUAAGAGAUUAAUGCUGAAGACCCGAGGAGAAAGCAAAGGAAGUUAGUAAAAGAUUAAUGCUGAAGGCCCGAGGAGAAAGCAAAGGAAGUUAGUAAAAGAUGUAUUCUGAAUGAUUCAUGACUAUGUAACAACUCUUCUGUAAUAUAUCUACAAUAACAGAAAAGAAAGGGAGAGAUUGUUUAACCAAAAACAAUCUCUCUCUUUUGUUUUCCUUCUGGAAAGAUCUGGAAAAAGCUUUCUAGUUGCUGCAUUCCCUGUAUUUAAGCUCAAGCUGUUGAAACCAACAAGUACUUAGCUUUGUCAUGUUCAAGGUUUCGACAAGGCUUGAAAGAGGGCAAACCAUUUCUAAAUUAGGUCCUCUGGCAUAAGGAGGAAACGUUCUUCAACUCUUACCAUGUGACAGAAAAAAUAGGAAAAAUUCUCUGUACUAUUCAUCUAAGUUUCAAUUUUAUUACUCCAAUUUGUAUCCCUCA